UCUCGCCUUCAACGACUCUUGGAUUUUUUCCCAUAUUGCAUUGCAGUAUUUUUCUACUUCCUCUUUCCGCCAUAUUGCAGAGCCGGCAUCAUGGUGCGCAUGAAUGUUCUGGCAGAUGCUCUUAAAUGCAUCAACAAUGCUGAGAAGCGUGGGAAACGCCAGGUCCUCAUUAGGCCCUGCUCCAAGGUUAUUGUGCGCUUCCUAACCGUCAUGAUGAAGCAUGGUUACAUUGGUGAGUUUGAAAUCAUUGAUGACCACAGAGCCGGAAAAAUAGUCGUCAAUCUCACAGGCAGGCUGAACAAGUGUGGCGUGAUCAGUCCACGAUUUGAUCUCCAGCUCAAGGACCUGGAGAAGUGGCAGAACAAUCUGCUGCCCUCAAGACAGUUCGGGUAUAUUGUGUUGACCACCUCAGCUGGCAUCAUGGACCAUGAAGAGGCCAGACGGAAACACACAGGAGGCAAAAUCCUUGGAUUCUUUUUCUAAAAUGUAAAGAACUGCAAAUAAUAAAAAAAACUACCAGGGGAAACCUUGGUCGUC